AUGGAUGUGUUGCACAUGGGAUGUCGUUUGCUAGUAAUAUUAAUUAAAAUGUUGGAAUCUGUCAUUGCUUCAGGAGAGGUUAUCAGUGAUAGGGAUAGGUGCCCGCAGUGUAAAGGUAACAAGGUUAAGGCGGAAAAGAAAGUGCUGGAGGUGCAUGUUGAGAAAGGGAUGCAGCAUGCCCAGAAGAUUUCCUUCAGGGGAGAAGCUGAUGAGGCACCUGAUACAAUUCCGGGAGACAUUGUUUUUGUAUUGCAUCAAAAGGAGCAUCCCAAGUUCAAGCGGAAGUUUGAUGAUCUCUAUGUUGAACACUCGCUCAGUUUAACGGAGGCUCUCUGUGGUUUUCAGUUUGCCCUGACUCAUCUUGAUGGCAGGCAGCUCCUUAUUAAGUCAAAUCCCGGCGAGGUCAUCAAGCCAGGUCAGUCCAAGGCGAUCAAUGAUGAGGGAAUGCCACACCACCAGAGGCCAUUCAUGAAGGGCCGGCUUUUCAUCCACUUCAACGUGGAUUUCCCAGAAUCCGGAUUUCUUUCCCCUGACAAGUGCCGCGAUUUAGAGGCAAUUCUACCACCGAGGCCAAGCAAGCAGUCAUUGGACAUGGAGAUGGAUGAGUGUGAGGAGACCACUUUGCAUGAUGUCAACAUGGAGGAAGAGAUGAGGCGGAAGGAGCAGCACCGACUGCAUGAGGCUUAUGAUGAUGAAGACAAUGAUGAUAAUGAUGAGCCAACUAUGCACCGUAUGGCGUGUAACCAGCAAUAAUUAUCUCGGCAUUUGUGUUUUGCAUUAGGGAGGUGUUUCCGGAUAUUAUUAUUAUUAUUAUUUUGUUUUUGUUUUUGUUUUUGAGAUGAUAUGUUAUAUUUUAAUAUAUAGAAUGAAUAGAGUGCUGGUGUUGGUA